GCUGCCGUUGCCAACGGCCAUAUGCAGCUGCAGAGCCCUCCUCCCUUCCGCUCGAAAUACAACCCAAACGCUGGCUACGACAUCGACUACUCCAUGACCUCGCCCCUCGAUGCAUCCGGAUCCGACUUCCCCUGCAAGGGCUAUCAUAAGCUUCUCGGCACUCCCGCGGGCAAGUCUGUGGCCACUUGGGCUCCUGGUGGUUCCUACAGCUUCACCAUUACCGGCACCACUGCCAACCAUGGAGGAGGCAGUUGUCAGGCGUCGCUCUCCUACGACAAGGGCCAGACCUGGAAGGUCAUCCACUCGUACAUUGGCGCAUGUCCGCCUCCAGACACGUCCAACUGGAGCUUCACCGUGCCCAGCGAUGCCCCCUCUGGCGAGGCCAUGUUCGCCUGGACCUGGUUCAACAAAAUCGGUAACCGUGAGAUGUACAUGAACUGCGCCGCCGUCACCAUUGGCGCUGGCAAGAAGCGCGCGGCCUCUACCCCCUUUUCCAGCCUCCCUGACAUUUUCGUUGCCAACGUCGCCAACAAUGUCUGCACCUUCGAGGGCAAGGACGUUCAGUUUCCGAAUCCUGGCUCGAUUGUCGACAACAAGAGCCAAGGCACUGCACCUCCUGGACAGAGCGAUUGCACUGGACCUGCUCCGGCUUCCCCUCCUCCUGUUGCCCCUCCAGCAGGCGAUCCUGAUGCUAACACGAUGAAAUGUAGCGCGUCUCCCUCUUCGCAGCCUCCGGCCUCUCAGCCUGCGCCGACCUCUGCUCCUAUGCCCACGGUUCCGGGCGGCGUUUUCAUCACCUCGCCUAUAGGACAGCCAACUCAGGCACCAACCCAGCCAACAACUCUCGUCAGCGUUACCAGUGUCAGCCAGCCCCCAGCUGCUACCUCGUCCGGGCCGCAACAAACUCCCUCUCCUCCCCCUCCAACCAAUGGUGGUUCCAAGCCGCCCAGCGGCUCGACAACUGCGGGAACGCCAUGCUCUGCCGAGGGCCAGUGGAACUGCGCAUCUGAUGGAAAGUCAUUCCAGCGAUGUGCCUCCGGAGCGUGGUCUGCCUCCAUCCCCGUGGCGCCGGGAACCUCGUGCCAACCCGGAACGAGCGACAAUCUCACCCUGGUGAAGAAGCGAAGC